AUGUAUGCUGAGCCAAGUGUCCCGUUUGAUGUUAUUCCAAAUUUUGUAAAGAAGCUCUGUGAUGUAAAGCACUUGAAGUUAUCGGGUAACAUCUCUGAGAGUCUGGAGCUGGCAGGUGUUCUAUCUAUAAGUUUUCCUACCUUCAUUAAUUUGAUCACUUUGGAAGUGUCUUUUAUCAAGACUCAGCAAGUUAAAUCAUUAUUCAGUUUUCUACGGUUCUCACCAAAUUUGGAGUCACUUGUCUUCGGUCGGGUUUGUUACGGUGAUGAAGUUAAUGAGGACGCUUUUACAUUGGACGUAGUGCCUCAUUGUUUGUUGAUGAACCUCAAGUCUAUCAAAUUUCAAUACUUUGAAGGGCAACUGAAGGAGUUGGAUUUGGUUCAACUAUUUUUGCAGAAUGCAAGGGUUCUUCAGACGGUGAUUAUUGAAAUUUCAUCAGAUCAUUUCGUAAGCUCGGAUAAGAAGAAACAUUCCGCAAAGGAUGUAGAAGAUUUAAAUAUGAAGAUUAUGGAGCAGUUAUUGAAGUAUAAAUGGGCUUCAACAGAUUGUGUGAUUAAGUUAUCAAGCUCACCAGUAUAAGUGUAUGCGCUACGGUCCAUUGUGUGUGAAUGUAAUCAGGUAGAGAGAUUAGGCUUUAAAUGGUUUUCAAAGUUAUUUCACUGCGGUUUAGUGUGGUCUAACUUGGUUAAAUUUUAGAUAUCUGGAUGCUUACUUGCUCAUCUGGAAUCUGUAGAAUGCUUAUUUCUCUGUAUUCAGCAACUUUUCUCUAGAUUUUACCUAAUUUUUAUGUUCAUUCGAAAAAUUAUGUCAAGACUUUUGUGU